AUGCCGCUGCGGACUACUCGAUCCACUGAGGCCUCACAUAGAUCUUCAAUCCCCAUGUCUUCGCUACCAAAGACCUUUCACGACGCAGUGAGCGUUACCCGUGCACUCAACAUCAGAUGUAUCUGGAUUGAUUCGCUUUGCAUUGUCCAAGACGAUUUGGUAGAUUGGGAACAAGAAGCCGCUAAGAUGGCUUCAAUCUAUGAAGGCAGUUGUCUCACCAUUGCCGCAGUCGAUUCACCUGACUGUAAUGGCGGUCUUUUUCUAGACAGCAUCACACCCUCAGCCCACUUCAAUAUCACAUCUCGAGUUGCUUCAGGCAAACCUCGAACGAUUGCUUCUGUUCGCGAGCUUCUUCAACCACGAUCCAAUGAGGACAAAUUGCAUCUCUACAAUGCUCCACUUUAUCGACGAGGCUGGGUAUUCCAAGAGAUGAUGCUGUCCUCAAGAUCUUUACAUUUCAGAGAAGAUCAAAUGUACUGGAAGUGCCGUUCUGGAUUGAGGUCCGAGGAUGGCACCUUAGACGAUGAACGAAAUCACGACAGCUUGAACAUGUUCUCGAGAGUUGGCAGGACACGCGACGAAGAUUUUACUAGUCUGUCGAAGACGAGUGCAACCUGGUAG